AUGAUGGGAAACAUUACGAAAGUUUUGAUGUCUUUCAUCGUAAAAGCCCUGGAAGCGCAAUGGCGAGAGAACCGAGAAUUGCAAGGCCUGGUGAAAGCAGGCAUGACGCAUUUGGCGCAGUGUUCAAAACCGUCCAUGUGCAAAAUGUGUUCCCGAGUCAGGGAAUCGUCGUUCAAGAACGGUCUCAGUGUUGCCAACGGCAGUGCCACGCAUAAAGAAGCAUCAUCCGUUACGGAUUCUCGCCGCAGACAAGCGAGUCUGUUGCGAGGUCAAUACCAGCGGCUGUGCCACGUGAUCGGGACUCUGUUGCCGGCGCCGAUGGCCACGUUUGACCCAGGCCUGGACGAGCCGCUGGGGGACGACUCCGGCUUCGUUUUUGGACGAAAGCGCGUUGUUUUAUUGUUACUUCAGUACAUCAGUACCUGCUCCACAGCAGCUGAAGCUUGUCAUGCACGAAUUAUUCUAGUGUACUCUUCUUUGAUGGCUUCGGAAGCCUUGAAAAUGCCGCUUUGUGUCAAAACGAGCGUUGGGAAUGGAACGACGCUCGGCUUGUCGACAUCGUCUCCGGACACCCCGAAAAACGGCGCCCUGGCCAACAAGAGAUCCGCCUUUCUCCGCAUGAGUCGCCUCACCAAGUCCUUCGGCCACUCGGAGAAGGACAAAUUCCGGGAUCCCGCAGCAGUUGUUCGGCGUCAGCUCACCAUAGAAGAUGCCCUGGAAGAAGCGGAAGUCGAGCCGCCGAUUCACGAUUUGGCAAAGCACAAGAAACGAUCCGUCCGCAGCUUCUUCAACCGAAUGAGCAUCAGGUGA